AGGGACCCCUCCCACAAGCUUUCAGGAUCGCAAUACCCCUUUUAGGAUCUAUCAAUCUUGUUCUAGCUGGUCCCUUGGCCUUGCUUGGUUCAGACAAGCUUACUAUUAGCGCCGUGUAAUUGGCUGGCACGAGGUCGUCGAGUUUACAACAGAAAGGAUAAUUCCGUCGUUCAUGUAGAUUGAAGUCUAGAGUUCGCAAAUCCCCAGAUUUUCACAUAUAGUAGGUUACGUAUGCAUCUAUGUUCUAUCUCAAGCCUUCAUGUGCUGCUCCACUACCUCGAAGGGUUUACCGGCAUGAAGGUUAAAUAGACUCACGAUACCUUCCUUAUUAUCCAUUCUGUUCGAUAUCCGCAGAGAAUAUUGCACCUACAUACUCAUAUUUUUUACAAUGGUCUACUUUUCCAAGGCCUUCGUUGCCGCCGUCGCGGCCGUCCUUGCCACGCAGGUUGUCGCCCAUCCCGAACACGACAUUUCCCAGGAGAUCGCCGAGCGGAAUGCAUUUCUGAAGAACUCUGCCCGUCGCGACCUCUCCCACUGCGCUGAUGCCCUCCGCAAGCGCGGUGUAGAAGAUGCGUCCGUCAAGCGCCGGGAGGAUGCCAUUGCGAAGGCUCGGGCUGAUCGCGGUUUGCCCCUGAAACGUCGCGAGGUCGUGAGAAGAGAUGCCACGGACGAAUCUCACCUAUCCUCCUUGGAUGUUAGCCCGACCACUUCAGGCGUGGAAGAUAUCAUCUUCUCCAACUCAUCGUGCCUCCUCUCGCCUGAAGGAGAAGAAGGCCCCUUCUAUGUCCAAGGAGAGUACGUUCGCUCUGACAUCAGAGACGACCAGCCGGGUGUCGAAGUUAUCCUCGACCUGCAAUUCAUCGACAUCUCGACCUGCCUCCCCAUCGUCGACCUCACAGCCGACAUCUGGCACUGCAACUCCACCGGCGUCUACGCCGGCGUCAUCUCGCAAGGAAACGGCGACUCCACCGAUGCCUCCAAUAUCGACGCCACCUUCCUCCGCGGCCUGCAGGCCACUGACGAAAACGGUGUCGCGCAGUUCACCUCCAUCUUCCCCGGCCACUACUCCGGGCGCGCAACACACGUCCACGUUGAAGCGCACCUCAACGGCGAGGUCCUGUCAAACAACACGUACACCGGCGGCACCAUCGCGCACAUCGGACAGUUCUUCUUCGAUCAGGACCUGAUUACCGAGGUUGAGGCGCUGAGCCCGUACUCUACUAACACAAUCGCAAUCACCACGAACGCCGAGGACCGCGUCGUGCAGGGCGAGCUGGUGAACGACUCCGAUCCGAUGCUGAACUAUGUGCUCCUUGGAGAGACGGUGGUAGAUGGACUCUUCAUGUGGAUUUCGCUUGCGGUUAAUAGCACCGCGACAUAUACGGCGUCGCCAGCAGCUGAGCUUGCAGCCGAUGGCGGACAUGCUGUUGAGGGUGGUGGAAAUGUUGGUGGAGGCAGUGGCGGCGGAGCAAUGGGUAAUGGCACCAUGCCGUCUGGUGGAGGACCGAGUGGCACUGCGCCUCCGGGCGUCGUCGGGACAGAUGUUGGUUCUGCGAGCGUGACCGCUACUGUAAAUGGUACUUCGUCUGUGACGUCUGCGAUCAUGACAGCCACUUUCACUUCUGGCGGUGAGAAUAGAAACAUACCUGGGUUUGCCAAGCUUGGGUUCAAGAAGCCAAAAUCUGGGAAGGAGGCAGCUAAGAAGCAUGGAGCCAAGGGGCAGUGAGCUAAGGGAUUUUUAGUUAGAGUUUUGGUUUGGGGGGAGGGUUGCUGUGAGCUACCAUGUAAACGUUACCAGUUUGCCUAUUCUGUAGAUUCUAUUCUCGCUUUUGAGGGG